AUGAGAAGGAAGUUAUCACUUGGAAUUGCAUUAAUUGGUAAUAGCAAGGUCAUUAUUCUCGAUGAACCCACAAGUGGAAUGGAUCCUUACUCAAUGCGGUUGACAUGGCAAUUAAUCAAAAGAAUUAAGAAGGGAAGGGUAAUAUUACUAACAACUCACUCCAUGGAUGAAGCUGAGGUACUAGGAGAUCGGAUAGCUAUCAUGGCUAAUGGUUCUUUAAAAUGCUGUGGAAGUUCCCUUUUCUUGAAGCACCAGUAUGGGGUUGGUUAUACGCUCACUCUGGUAAAGGGUACACCAAGUGCCUCUUUAGCUGCUGAUAUUGUUUAUCGUCACAUUCCAACAGCAACCUGCGUGAGCGAAGUUGGUACUGAAAUUUCAUUUAAGCUCCCUCUUGCAUCCUCAUCGUCAUUUGAAAGCAUGUUUCGGGAAAUAGAGAGCUGCAUGCGAAGAGCAGAUCCUCACUUUGAAUUGACCGGAUAUGGAGAGAAUGUUUCUCUUGGCAUUGAGGGUUUUGGCAUAUCUGUCACAACUUUGGAGGAAGUAUUCCUGAGAGUUGCUGGAGGUGAUUUUGAUGAAACCGAGUGCUCUAAUGAGAAGAAAUCUCUAGUUUCACCCGAUAAUUUUCAUCAGCCAAAUCAUGCUCCAAAGACAACCUUUCAGUCAAAACUUUGUAGAAGUUAUUUUGAAGUCAUUGGACUUAUAUUUUCAGUAAUUGGGAAAGCUUGCAGUCUAUUUUGUGGUACUGUGCUAAAUGUCAUCAAGUUCCUAAGUAUGCAGUGCUGUUGCUGUGGUAUAUUUUCGAGGUCAACAUUUUGGAAACAUUCAAAAGCGUUACUGAUAAAGAGAGCAAUAUCAGCUCAAAGAGAUAGGAAAACUAUCGUUUUCCAGCUUCUAAUUCCUGCCGUAUUUUUACUUUUGGGUCUUGUUUUUCUCAAGCUCAAGCCGCAUCCUGAGCAGCAAUCAGUGACCUUCACAACCUCUUUCUUCAAUCCUCUAUUAACUGGUGGUGGUGGGGGUGGUCCAAUUCCUUUUGACCUAUCCUUGCCAAUUGCAAAUGAGGUUGCAGAGCAUGUCCAUGGGGGAUGGAUUCAACGGUUUAGACAGACUACUUACAGGUUCCCUAAUUCGCAGAAGGCCCUGGACGAUGCUGUUGAGGCUGCAGGGUCAACUUUGGGACCAAUCUUACUUUCAAUGAGUGAAUAUCUGAUGUCUAGCUAUAAUGAAUCAUAUCAAUCGAGGUAUGGAGCAAUUGUUAUGGAUAAUCCGAGUGAAGAUGGAAGUUUAGGAUAUACCGUUCUGCACAACAGUUCCUGUCAGCAUGCUGCUCCAACCUUUAUUAAUUUAAUUGACUCGGCAAUACUCAGGAUUGCUACCCAUGAUGAAAAUAUGACAAUCAAAACACGGAAUCACCCUCUGCCCAUGACAGAAAGCCAGCUCCAGCAACACCAUGAUUUGGAUGCCUUCUCUGCUGCUGUUGUUGUUAAUAUCGCCUUUUCCUUUAUUCCUGCUUCAUUCGCUGUGGCUAUUGUGAAGGAACGUGAAGUGAAAGCUAAGCAUCAACAACUUAUUAGUGGGGUAUCUAUACUGUCAUACUGGACCUCCACAUACCUAUGGGACUUCAUCAGCUUUUUGUUGCCUUCAUCUUUUGCAAUAGUUCUCUUUGGUAUAUUUGGUCUUGAUCAGUUUAUUGGGAGAGACUCCUUUUUCCCAACUGUCCUCAUGUUCCUGGAAUAUGGACUGGCAAUUGCAUCAUCUACAUAUUGCCUCACCUUUUUCUUUUCUGAACACAGCAUGGCCCAGAAUGUGGUACUCUUGGUACAUCUUUUUACUGGGCUCAUUCUGAUGGUAAUAUCAUUCAUAAUGGGGCUUAUAAAGUCAACAGCUCAUGCAAAUUCUGUUCUCAAGAACUUCUUCAGGUUGUCACCUGGUUUUUGCUUUGCUGAUGGGUUAGCUUCGUUAGCUCUGCUACGGCAGGGAAUGAAAACUGGAUCUGAUAGUAGCGCUUUUGACUGGAACGUGACUGGAGCCUCUAUAUGUUAUCUGGCUGCAGAGGGCGUCGUUUACUUUAUUUUGACACUUGGUCUUGAACUCUUGCCUCUUCAUAAGAUAAACUUUGCAAGAGUCUGGGAGUUGUGGUCGAGUUCGAAAAAGCCGUUCCUUGCGACUUCUGGUAGCUCUUUAGAACCUCUUCUUGCAUCAUCCUCAGAAGAUCAUGAAGACAUUGAUGUACAAACAGAGAGAAAUAGAGUACUAUCAGGUUCAGUUGGAAACGCAUUAAUCUACCUGCAUAAUCUUCGGAAGGUGUAUCCAGGAGGGAAGCAGAAUAGUUCGAAAAUUGCUGUUCAUUCAUUGACUUUCUCAGUUCAAGAAGGAGAGUGUUUUGGUUUUCUAGGAACUAAUGGAGCAGGGAAGACAACAACUUUGUCAAUGCUGUCGGGAGAAGAACGUCCAAGUGACGGAACUGCCUUCAUUUUCGGUAAAGAUAUAAGAUUAAACCCAAAGGCUGCUCGUCAACAUAUUGGUUAUUGUCCUCAAUUUGAUGCUCUUCUUGAAGUUCUCACAGUCCGAGAACACCUUGACCUCUAUGCAAGAAUAAAAGGAGUCCCAGAGUACGAGCUUGAAUACGUUGUUACAGAAAAAUUAGUGGAAUUUGACUUGCUGAAGCAUGCUAAUAAACCAUCAUAUGCCUUAAGUGGGGGAAACAAACGCAAAUUAUCUGUUGCAAUUGCGAUGAUUGGUGAUCCUCCUAUAGUCAUUCUUGAUGAACCGUCUACCGGUAUGGAUCCUAUUGCUAAGCGAUUCAUGUGGGAAGUUAUAUCACGCUUAUCGACCAGAAGAGGAAAGACUGCUGUCAUUCUAACCACCCACAGCAUGAUUGAAGCUCAAGCUCUUUGCACUAAAAUUGGAAUAAUGGUUGGAGGCAAGCUAAGGUGCAUUGGGAGUCCCCAACAUUUGAAAAAUAGAUUUGGGAAUCAUCUCGAACUAGAAGUUAAACCUACGGAAGUUAGCUCCUUGGACUUGGAAAUGCUGUGCCAAAUAAUUCAAGAGAAGCUCUUUGAUAUUCCUUCUAAUCCGAGGAGUAGUAUACUGAAUGACCUGGAAGUGUGUAUUGGGGGCAUCGACUCCAUAAUAUCUGAGAAUGCAUCAGCAGGAGAGAUCAGUUUAUCAGAAGGAAUGAUUGUGAGAAUUGGACGAUGGCUUGGCAAUGAAGAAAGAGUGAAGGCUCUUGCAUCUGGAAAUAAUGGUUCUUGUGGGGCUUAUGGCGAACAGUUAUCAGAGCAGUUGGUUCGUGAUGGUGGCAUUCCUCUACCAAUAUUUUCAGAGUGGUGGUUAACCAAAGAAAAGUUUGCAGUAAUUGAUUCCUUCAUCCAAUCUUCAUUUCCGGGUGCAACAUAUCAAAGUUGCAACGGGUUGAGCGUUAAAUAUCAGCUGCCAUACGGAGAAGACCUAUCACUCGCUGACGUUUUUGGGCACAUAGAAAGAAACAGAAAUAUACUUGGUAUAUCAGAGUACAGCAUCAGUCAAUCUACGCUCGAAACAAUAUUUAACCAUUUUGCUGCGAAUCCGUGA